CUCCUCCGUACGGUCCUCGUCGGUUCCGCCUACGCCCUACGGCGCACUGGCAUCCCUGUCUCCGCGGCCUUUGCAAAUCCAAUCUGCAUUGCUUUACCAACGCCCGCGCCUGCGCCCCCACUAAGACGGCGUUCCCAUCUGUAUCCGUAACAUCGGGACCGGCAAGACGUCAGACGAGAGAAUGCGGAACCAAAAGGCUAAUUGACUUUUUUCCUCUCUCGCUUUUGCACCGCCGUUUACUUGCUGUACCUUAGCGUACCUAUUGUCAGCGGACGGCGUACUCUCGGCGACUUUUCCUGUGACUACCAACGCAUGGAUCACAAGUCUCCCUGAGGCUCUUACACCAGGUUUCUUUCUCUCUAUCCCAUCCCAUGGGGGCUUGGGUGACCCGAUCCCUCUUCGUCGAGGACCCCCUUCCAUUCCUAUUCUUCCUCGUCGGCUUGGGUAAUCACAUCCUCGCCGAUAAUCCAGAAUGGGACGCCCUGACCAUGGCUCAUGCCGUUGUGUAAUGUCUGCCAUCUGACAGGUUUUGCUUGCUGCUCCCCUUCUACCCCCUGCCCCCACACCCACACAGACUCCUCGCCGUAUCAAUAACGACCAUGUAUAACCACCACCCCUCUGAAUGGUAUAUAAGACUCUGGGCCGUGAGCUGUUCCUCAGGCCAUACGACUCUCGUUCCAUCAUCACCAGUAUUCAAGUCCAUUCUUGACAUCACUAUAUCCUGACAUCACUGAGUCACUCGACUUACAUACACAACACCCCGACUUACACCAAAGCAAUCUCCAUUCUCACACCUUUCCCAAUGCUAUCAUCAAGAGCAUCAACCAGACUCUGCGCGCCGAAACAAGCAGCCCAUCUCGCCCGGGCCGCGGCAGCACUCCACAACACCACCACCACAACCUCCUUCGCCGGCCUCCGCAUCACCGCCGCCUCGUUCCAGCAACACCAGCAACAUGUGACCCCCAGCACCAGCCGGUCCUUCUCCACGACGCGAGCGACGCAGCUCCGCGACUUCUUCCCGGCCAAGGAGACGGAACACAUCCGCCUCACGGCGCCGGCGUGGCCGCACCCGGGCUACACGGAGCAGCAGAUGCACGACAUCGUCCCGGACCACCGCGCGCCGCGCACCGUCGGCGACUGGGCGGCGUGGAAGUUUGUCCGGCUCGCGCGGUGGUUCAUGGACCGCGCUACGGGGUUGGGUUCCGAGCAGCAGGUCGACAAGAAGAAUCCCACCACGUCGUUGGUGGCCGAUAAGCCGCUCACCGAGGCGCAGUGGCUGGUGCGGUUCAUCUUUUUGGAGAGUAUUGCCGGAGUCCCGGGCAUGGUCGCCGGCAUGCUCCGCCACCUCGGCAGCCUGCGCCGCAUGAAGCGCGACAACGGCUGGAUCGAGACGCUCCUCGAGGAGAGCUUCAACGAGCGCAUGCACCUCCUGACGUUCAUGAAGAUGUCGGAGCCGGGCUGGUUCAUGAAGGUCAUGAUCCUCGGCGCCCAGGGCGUCUUCUUCAACGGCAUGUUCCUGUCGUACCUCAUUUCCCCCAAGAUCACCCACCGCUUCGUCGGCUACCUCGAGGAGGAGGCCGUGCACACGUACACGCGCUGCCUCUACGAGAUCGACCGGGGGCUGCUGCCCAAGUGGUCCGAUCCGAAUUUCGUGAUCCCCGAUAUCGCGGUGCAGUAUUGGAAGAUUCCCGAGGGCCAGAGGACGAUGAAGGAUCUGAUUUUGUACAUCAGGGCUGAUGAGGCCGUUCACAGAGGCGUAAACCAUACCCUCAGCAACCUCAACCAGAAGGAGGACCCGAAUCCGUUCGUUAGCGAGUACAAGGACGGCGAGAAGCCCAACGCCGCGCUGAGAGCACAGGGAUUCGAGCGUAACGAGGUAAUUUAAACGACUUUUGGGGGUUUCUACUACGACCGCUCGCGAGAUAUCAGCCAUCACCAUUUCUGCUGUACGACCAUUUUUGAUGGCUUUCUUGGGCUACGAAACGUCCAUCUUUACGGAACCACGACACCUUUUCCUUGCGUUUGCUAAAGAAGAAGACGGAAUAGGGAGGCCAGAGAAGGCAAAGAAGAGGAAGAGGAAGAAUAAGACUUGUAAGAAAAGAAGAAGACCGAUGAUACCACUAGACCAGGGACUGGACGGCGUUUUACGGAGUUGCUUUACUGGGAGACGGACAGCGCCCUACUCAUUGUACACUAGAGGGAAAAGGGAUCACAUCGGUCUUUGGGGUUUGGUGAAACUUUUUGAGAUUUCCAACUAUCUUACUUGCCAAAGUUUCUUUGUUUUGAGAAGAGAAAUUCAUAGCUGGACCUCGUGUAGAAAAGAAUUGCAUAUUCAGCCUUGUCAACCAUAUAUUGUUUCAAAACUCAACGGGCAUGGACCAGCAUUUGAAGUCCGAGUACUGACCUAACGGAGAGAUUGGAUAUCGGAGAGACGGGGUCCUUCGACGGAGUCAAAUUGAUGCCGCGUUAGAGAGACAAUCUCAAAUAACAUUGAGAAAUUUCCAAUUUCCCAUUUGGAAGUUGGUGUCGUCGCCCAGAGAGCCGCCGGUGUAAAGACUUGCACUUGCGAGGAUCUUGUCACACUCAGUGGGGAAGGGAACUCAGGAUGUCGGUUUCUUCUCCAGAAUGAUCGACGAAGCACAGCCACUCAAAGGGGUAGGUAAGUAAGAUCUCUGGCGGGGGGUUGUGGCAUUGCCUUCUCGUCUCCAUGGGAUGAACGACGUCUCAUCGGAUGGAAAAAUAAAAAGCCAAAACAAAAAUCCAAUAUGGCUGCCUAGAGUUGAAGGUCUGGGCAUGGCGUGAUCUCCG